UUGUAAACACUAUUAAGUUCUUCUUCUUCUUCUUCUCUUGAUCUAUAUCUUAAUUCUUGACUAUAUGUUCAUAUGUGUAGUAUUAAUUUGACCAUAAAUAUGGAGAGACAAUUACCUUAAGAUUUUCAUUUAUAUAUAUUAUAAAUUGUAAAGAUCCAUCCAAAACCUAACCAUCUUAUACAUAUAUAUUGUGAUCUUAUUUUCUUUGUUGGUUGACUAAGAUGGCGAACCGGUGGUGGGCCGGGCAGGUAGGUUUGCCCGGACUGGACACAUCGACGACAAGUUCAUCAACUCCGAUGAAGAAACCAGAUCUAGGUAUAUCCAUCUCAAACAACAAUAGAGAGAUAUCAGAUCACCACCAUCAUCAUCACCACCAUCAUCAUAAUCAAGAAGAUCAAGAAGAAGAACGAGAACACAGCGAUGAACCUAAAGAAGGUGCCAUAGAAUUGGCUACAACUCACCGCCGUCCGAGGGGCCGGCCAGCCGGAUCCAAAAACAAACCUAAACCGCCCAUUUUUGUGACAAGAGAUAGCCCUAAUGCUCUCAAGAGUCAUGUAAUGGAGAUAGCAAACGGGUCGGAUAUAGCUGACAGUUUAGCUUGCUUCGCAAGAAAGAAACAAAGAGGUGUUUGUGUUCUAAGUGGAAGCGGUAUGGUCACUAACGUAACCCUAAAACAACCGUCUGCUCCCGGUGCAGUUAUGGCUCUCCACGGGAGGUUUGAAAUUUUGUCAUUAACUGGCGCUUUCUUGCCGGGCCCGUCUCCGCCUGGCGCGACGGGGCUGACUAUAUACUUAGCCGGAGGGCAAGGGCAAGUAGUGGGAGGAAGUGUUAUGGGAUCUUUAACGGCGUCAGGGCCGGUUAUGGUGAUUGCAGCUACGUUUUCGAAUGCUACUUAUGAGAGGCUGCCGUUAGAAGAGGAGGAGGAGGGUGGAAGUGGAGGAGGAGGAGGACAGCUUGGUGACGGCGGUGGAAGUGGUGAAGGUGGUGGUAGUGGUGGUGGUGGAGGGAUGGGAGAUCCGGGUGUAUCAGCACCACCAGGGUAUAAUUUGCCUCCAAAUUUGGUGCCUAGUGGUGGAGGACUUGAUGGAUAUGGAUGGGCUCACGGCGGCCGGCCGCCUUAUUAGGGAGGUUAAUUAAUUGAUGAGAUGCAUCUUUUAUUAGUUUAUAUUGGUAAUUAACUGCUUUCAGAGGUAAAUUAGGAAUGAAUAAAAAAAGACUUGAUUAUAUCGUCUGUAAAUUUUCUUUGUUUAUUAAUUUCAUGCUAUUUGACUAUGCUUAA